AAGGUCUUGUGUAAGAUCUUGGGUACAAAAAUGUCCUGAGAUCUUGUAUCCAUUUUUUCAAGAUCUAGUGCCAAAUCUUAACGUAAGAUCUUGGGCAAGAUCUUGGUUUCAAGAUGUUGGACUAGGGUACCCAAUUCGUAGUGCUAGGUAUUUCCACACAAGCUCGCCCACUUUAUACAAAAGUUUCAACGGGGCGAAUCUUACUAUGCUCAUCAGAUAGAGCAUGUCAAGUUACAUAUAAAUCGAAAUUCUUUUAUUGAAAAAGAUUAGCCCUUUAGUGGUGAAACAGUGCUUUCAAAAGUACCAAAGGAUAGCACUAUGCUCUUUAGAAAAUGGUAUUUUCGAGAGAAAAAAAGGUUAUCGUUUGCUUAAAAUAAAAGACAACGUAUAGACUUAAUAAGCUUUUUGUGAUGUCAGGCGAAUAGUCCGGAUGUCAACGAAUCGUAUGUACGGUGAGUUGAAAUUUUAAGUUAUUUUGAUCGAAAUAUAGACAAGACAAAUCUCUGUGGACAUUUUUGAUGUUAAAUGAGAUUUUCUCUGUAACAAGGCAAGCUAGAGAGUUGCCGUUUUUAUCACAUAUUCUGGAGAGCAAAUGAAAAAAAGGGUAAAGGGUUCGGCUCUAACGGAUAAACGGUUCCGUAGUUAUAGACCAAACGAUUUUCAAAAUCUCGGUGGACAUUUUAUACAAAAACCAGAUUGAAUACAUGUUUCAUCCUGAUUUUCGGGUGGAUAAAAAAACUCUAAAAGAUUUUCUUUUUUAUCCAAAAUGUAGAGCUUUGUACGCUCUAUCUUUCUGAAAACUUUUCAGGGUUCGCCACUAGCAUAUUAAUGUAGUUCUAAUCUCGGUGGACAGAAUUUUGCAAAAGCGUUUGUAAACAGAGUUUUUUAAUAAAACCAGAGUCAAAAUAUGAUUUUAUUUAAAUUCAAAGUACAUAUUCUGAAAACCUACUUCAAGCUAAAGGCAUAGCAUAAUCUAACAAGAAAAAUUCACUAACUGUUUUCAUAUCUACUCAACUAUUGUUUCAUCUAAAUCAAUAGUGUUUGAAACGAAAUACGAACAUUUGUUUGUUUAAAUAAAACGAUGAAAGAAAAUAUGAGUUUUAUUAAGCUUUGAAUAUUAAUUCAAUUAUUGUUACAUAAAGUGCAUACAUUGUAUCUAAAAAGGAAAAACGACGAACACAUUAGAUAAAAGUGAAACUUCUUGACUUUUACUGAAAAAUCGUUUGAAGAGUAAAUAAAGGUGACCACUGACUUCUUUGACAUCGUACAUUUUUAUGAUUUAUUUUUGUUUUGACUGAUUUUUCAGUGCAAUACCAAUAUUUUCAAAACAAAAUUAAAUACGUUAAAUUAAUAAACAUUUUUUAUACCGACGACAUACACACACGUAAACCAAAAACACAGACAUAAUCAAAUAGGUUUUUAAAUAUGGCAUUGACGGCCGCUCAAUUAAGCCUUUGUUUUCAAAGUUACUGGUAUAUGUGGUAAGUAUAAAGACAAUACCCGAUGAUCUCAAGGACCUAUUGCAAAACAAUUUUGAAAAGAGUUAGUCAAUACUUGAUACUACUCAUUUCCUUUAGCAACAUGCGCUCUACUGAACAUAACGAUUUCCGUUUACUUAUGCCAUUCUCCUCCUGCAAUCACAACUUUUAUAUCAACGCCUUAUAGAAAAAAGCCAUACAGAAAAUAAAAAUUAUUUACCAGUAAUUAAUAGAGAACUGCGGAAUAAGUACUUACCAGCGCAUAAAAACAAAAAGCCUUCAUGAUAGUGACAAUUCAAUUUCUUCUAAGCGGUCAAUAUCAAGGGUGUAAGCGGUAUCAAAAAUGCGUUACCGGUAUCGGUCAGCAGUAUACAGACGUCGUACCGGUACCGGCUUGUCUUGAUCAUAUUUUGCCUAAAUACAAAUACUUUUUCCUUGUUUUUCUUUACAAUUUAUCAUUACAAAUUUAUCUUAUGUUAUCAAAGGGAUAAAUUAAUCUUUUCACUUUGAUUAUGUAUAACUGAUUUUUCACAAGGUUUUUUUUUACGAAAACACAAUCCAAUUCAAACUUAAAUUAAGAAGUUUAUAUAAGGCGACAAAGUUUAAGUGUUGAAAUGGAAUUUUAGCGGAAGAAAUAUGUCACAGAUGAAUUGAAUUUACACGACGUUUUUCGAAAAAAGUCAUAUCAUACCGCAAAAUACCAGCAAUAUCGGUCGACUGAUUAUACUUCAUACUAAUGCCGAUAUAACAGUCGGCGUUAUAAUUCGUAUCGGUACCGGUUGCACCUCUGGUCAAUACACAUGAGAAACACUUUUUAUUCAAUAAUAAUGGAUGCAGUAAUGCUAAUACUACGCUCUUUCGAGUCUUUCAAACACUUUUUCAAAAUUUUAGCCCAACUAAACCCACAUGAGUGGUGGUGAAAGAUGGAAAACAAUCUGUAUUUGAAACAUUUUUAGGUGUUUUAGUCAUUUCCGAUUAUACUUUUUGGUUUUUAACAUUUUCGAAACUCUUUCAGAAGGUUUUAGGAGAAUAUUAUCAUACAGAAUGCUUUAGAGUUUAAGAGAGUUCAUAAACCCUUUUGGGUAUUUGAAAGAGCUGAAAGGGUUUUCUAAAAUGAUUUAGGAAUUCUAUUGGUUCACUUAAAAUCCAGUGAGUUUUUAAGGACAGUUCCUAAACCAUUUUAGACUUAAGGGUCAUUUGUAAAAGCCUUUUGCUCUCGUAAACCCUUUUUUUGAAUGAUGUUAAAAUUAUUGUUGCAACAUGUUUGCUUUACAGAAAAACGUAUUGUAACGACUUCGUUUUAAUCACUAUCUCGAACAACAACAGUUAAAUUAAAAUAAGAAUCCUAAUUAUAAAACGCAUUUUCACAAGCGUUGGUUACCAUACAUUUAACGCGUUUUAAGUGUCGUUUUUAGCGAUUUUUUUGCCCGUGAUUAAUUAGAAAGAGAAGCAGUUUUAUUUACUAUCUUUAUAAGCAAUCUUCACUUAUUCCUUUUUAGGCUUACUAAUGGCCUCUCAGGACUGAUAUUUAUGGGAGUCAAUAUAGGUACACGUUUUAAUAUUUUCUAACUGUUUUUACAAAGUACAAAAUACAACGUCGAACUUGUUUCUUCUAGGAAUAGCCGCUUUCCUUCUGAAAAAGAAUAGUCAGAAUCGUCGAACACCUCCUAAGCUUUCGCGGACUGCUAGUACUGCUAGUGAUCGCUCUAAAUCAUCGUUUUCUGAUCCAUUUCGUCCCAACUCAAGACCCGUACGUACACCAUCAAUGAGAGGUUCAUCACACCGGGUGACCAAGUAUGUUCACCCAGGAAGUACUGUCCGAACCUUACCAGAAGACACUGAACAAUUUGCUUCAUCUACAAUCGAGAGAGUGAAUGCUGCUAGGAGAAAAUAUAACGCUCCACCAGUCGAAUUGAGUGAUCUUUUGUCAUCGAUUGCUCAAAGAUGCGCAGAAGAAAUGGCACGCUCUGGAAAAUUAGAACAUAGCCCUGCCGAAUGGAGAAAUAUGGGACGACAUACAUUGGGAGAAAAUUACACAGCAUCAUUUCAAUCGGAAUUAACAGGUAUUAUGGGGUACGAAGAAAAUCCAUUCAAUAAAACUGUUCUGUGUUUAUUCUAG